AACUCUCUUGUAUAACUCGCCUUCAUCGUUAGAUAACGGAAGUUUUGUUUCGUAAUUCAGUUGUUUCGGCCAUCAUUCAUCCUGCAAAUAAUAAUUCAUCGAGGAGACCACGGUUUUAUUGUACGCCAAUAUUCCGAAAUUAGAUAGCUAAAUGUCUUCGUUAGGAGAGAAAAAAAUGACACAUGAAGAAGACAAUGACACAAAAGAAAUUAAUAUUCUGCUUCUUGGUGAAACUGGAGUUGGAAAAUCAACCUUUAUUAAUUCGGUAGCUAAUUAUUUGACACAUGAUAGUUUUGAAUCUGCCGAAAAAGAAGACUUGACUGUUCUUAUUCCUUCAACCUUCAACAUCACUGACAAGAGGUCAAAAAAACACCGUAUCAAGGUUGGUAUAGAGGACAAGAAUGAAUUCCUCGAAACAGGAGUUUCGGCAACCCAGGAUGUGAAAACAUAUGCUUUUCCUGUGUUUGGAGGCCAUGUGAAAGUACGACUGAUAGACACCCCCGGAAUGGGUGAUACAAGAGGAAUUCUUCAAGAUGACGCGAAUUCCGAAAAUAUUCUAGAUUACAUUGGGAAUCUUAAAGAACUUCAUGCUAUAUGUUUCCUGUUGAAGCCAAAUAAUCCAAGACUCACGGUAUUUUUUAAAUACUGUAUUUCCCAAAUAUUCUCCAGACUUGACAAAUCAGCUCGCAGGAACAUCAUUUUCGUUUUCACAAAUACCAGAGGUUCUGAUUAUGGGGCCGGUGACACUAUUUCCGUUUUACAAAAAUUCGUCGACUAUCUGAAGAAAAAGAAACCAUAUGUAACCAUUCCCAUUGACCGAAAUGUUUUCUGUUUUGACAAUGAACCAUUCCGAUACUUAGCUGCUGUUAAAAAAGAUGUUGAAUUUUCUGGAAAGUUGCGCGAGCGUACCAUUGAGAGUUGGGAAAUAUCUUCGAAUGAAUUGAAGAGGAUGAUAAUUUAUAUCGUGGGAGACGACGAAAAUCCCCCUUUGAAACCUCAUCGAGUACAAAAUACCACUGCUAUUAAUGAGGCAAGAAGAAUGAUCAUUCAGCUAUCGCAACCUCUUGCAGAAAUAGCUCAACUCGUGAACCACAACAUGAGAAUAUUACAACGGCAUCAGGAAAACCUACAAUUGGAGAAUCAAAAUGUGAAAGCCCUGAAGAAAAAACUGUACAUGCCUGUUAUUACUCUGGAAGUAAUUGAAAUUUCCCAACCUGUCACUGUUUGUACAAGUCGUCAGUGCUCUGAAAUAUAUAAGGUUGGUGAAAGAAACAAAUGGCAUUAUAAACAAAGAUGUCAUGAUCCUUGUUAUCUGAAAACCGUUCCAAAAGAACUAAUAGGUAGUAAAGAACUAAUGCAUUGUGCUGCAAUAAAUUCGUCAGGAAAUUGUAAACAAUGCAGCUGCAGUUUUCAAGUACAUAUGCACGUGUAUUAUAUGACAGAAACCAAAGAAGUUCAGGAAAAAGAUGCCAAUGUAGAGCAAAAUAUAAAAAAUAAAGAGGAACUAUUGUUACGUGUUGAGAAGUUAAUUGAAAAUAUUGAAAUUAAAAAAGAAGAGCUAGAAAACGAACAUCAUCUUAUCAACACGAUAUGUGCGAGGUUUGCUCACUUUCUUCAAAAUAAUGCCAUUACUCCCUUCAGCGAUUCAUACAAGGAAUACAUUGAAUAUCUGAUCAAUCA